UUUUAAAAUCUUGUCGCCACUGACAUAUUUUUAGAAAUGUGUUGAAACAUUUGUAAAAAAAAGUCAAUAUUUUUUUAGCAAACGGCAUACACAUGUUGCAUAUGGAGUAAAAAAAUUACACAUAAAAAUAUAUAUUUAAGAAAAAUAUAUAAAAAAGUGAAGAAAACGAAGCAGAAAGAAGAAAAAAAAGUGAACAUCUUGCAGUCAAUAAAUAAAUAAAUAUUCAAAUGAAAUACAAAGUGAAUCAGACAACAACAACAAAAACUACAUGAUUUGAUAAUAAAUAAAAUAAAUAAUAAACACUCAUUAAAUUUAGAAGCAAAUUUCAAUUAAAAGACAUUCAGGUGACCUACAAGUUAUUUUGGGACGCAGACGAUUGUUGUAAAAAAAAACAUAAAUCACAUUAUUUUAGAACAGUUAUGAUGAUGUCCGCAAAUAAAAAGUAAUAAAUAAUUCGGCCCCAUUCGAGACGUUGAAUUUACUACAGAUCAACGCAGAGGCGAAAGGAAUUUCUUUAUCAACAACAACAACAACGAAAUUCAUUCAUAUCCGUGUGACUCGUACGAUGUCGAGAUAAAUUGAUUGCCGACAAGCGACACAAAAAAAAAUCGUUCGUUCCCUCUUGGCACGACAAAACACCGAAAUUAUUGAUAUUUUACCGGGUUACGCGGUCGAUAGUGCUGCAGCUGCCUACAAGGGUUUGCUGUAUCGACCGUCCUCGAUGAUUUCCGCCGUAGAAUCGCACUUGGGGCCUGGCAGGCCCUCGUUUUACACGAAUCCCCAUAUGCCACACAGUCCCUUGCACUUGCAACCAUCGACUUCGGUGCAAAUUCCGCCGCCCAUUGCGUCGCCUUCGCAAACGGGUCUCCCCAAUUUCGGCGGAAAUAACAACGUUGCCGAACAAUUUGCGAGACCGCAUCCAAAAACGAGAAUCAAUGGAAUGCCAAAUGUGCGAAAUAAUGGCAUGACGUCGCCGCGUUCGAAAUAUGCCACGGAGCAAAAUGGUCCCGUAAAUCUCGCAGUGAUGCCGAAUCCGGCAUCUUCGCCGCACGCCAUCUCGCCAAAUGUGUCGCCAAAAGACGAUCGUCUCAUUCCAAUGGAUCAAUCUGUGUCGCAGCAGCAACAACAAGCGAAAGACAGCUUGAUCGAGUCAUUCAACAACUCCCGUUUACCGUACGCCGCCAGUAAUGCCGCCGCCCUGGCAAAUUACUACAAUCCCUACUCGUUUCAUCGUUACCCGUUGCCGUAUGCUCCGCCGCCGCAUCACUCGCUUGGGCGUCCCUUGCGAUAUGAGCCAUAUUCGUAUCUUCCGUCAGUGCCCUAUGCGUCGCAAUCGUCUCCCCAGUCUACGGGCUUGGGUCCUCUACCGAUCUCACAACAAAAUGGACACGCCAAAGUGUCGCACGCCACAUUACCAUCGUUAUUACCACCGUUAAAUGCAACAAAUCCAUUGAUCGCGCCUCCGCCGCCGCCGCCGCCAUCGUCGUCGUCGUCGUUACAGCAAACGCAGCAACAAAUACAGCACAAGGAAAUGUACAAAGAAAGUAGCAAAAUUAUGUCGCAUAACACGAACAAGAGUCCCAAUCACAGUCCGCAACACAACAAUAACAACAAUAAUGUGGGCUUUAAAGUGCCAUCUGGCAAGGAAGGAUCUCUCAAACAUCGCAUUCUGACACGCCCUUAUGACAAAGAUGGGAAGCCGCAACGUUCGCCGCCCGGAAUCACAAAUGGAAUGCCCUUGAAUAGAAAUAAUAAUAAUAACAACAACGUGAACAAUAACAAUAACGACACGAGCAACAACAACAUGCACUUCACAAAGGGAUCCAUCAUCGAACUCGCGACAGGCGAACUUAAGCGUGUCGAAGACAUGAGAACUGAAGACUUUAUCUUGUCGGCGAAGAAUUCAAGCAAGUUGGAGUUGCAGGAUUCGACAGUUGUGAAAAUUACGCCGUCUUCGAAUCAAGUUAUUGUCAUCACAUUCAGCUUAAACAAGAACCAGAAUCAGGUCGAUAUGGAAGCCAAUGUCGAGCAUCCGUUCUUCGUGUACGGCAAAGGAUGGGCUUCGUGCAAUCCCGACGGCACUUAUCAGCAAUACGGACUGAAGUGUCAACGUUUGCAAGUCGGCGACAUCUGUAUUUCGUACAAAUCACGCAAAAACGAGUCACAAUCGCCACCGCCGCCGCAAAAAUACGACAUGCCAUACAACAACAACAGCGAUUUGCCGCAAAACUUGUCCCGUCGUGCUGCCGAAACGCACACAAUUCCCGCCACAAAUACCAUUUCGAGUGCCCGCGCAGCUCCCUCCAGCCUGGAAAUGAACCAACACGCGAUGAUGUCGUCUUCCCUGCCCUACACGAAUCACAUGCUCGAUUUGCAACGCUCCAAAUUCGGGAUUCCGCAAAUAAUUGAGCCCGCCAGCCAACAACGUCCCUUGAGUCACGAGUCAACUAGUCUUCAGGAACGGUAUGCGAGUUAUUUGGCAUCCAGUAUGGCGGCGCACAACAACCCGGAUAUGCCGAUGUCGAUGGUUUUGCCGCACAAAACGGUCAAUCAACUCAUGACGGAUGACGCGAACGAGGCAUCUUCCAAGAAACGUCGUUGGUCCGCGCCCAGCAACUUUGAGGACGAUAACGAGGAGGCACGGAACGCCUUGCUGCGUGGCAAAUAUUCGCACUGAAUCAACAGGUUGUCGCCGAAAUUCUGAAAAACGAGAAAAUUUGGCAUAAUUUCGUACUACUACUACUAAAUUUAGCAGUAAAUAACAUUAAACUACCUUAAAAAAGAACAAAAAAAAACGUUAGCACAAAAAAAUAUUUUUUAUGAACAAAUUUAUAUUGUAGAUUUACAUAGAGAGCAAAAAAAACAAGGUCCUUUUAUAAGAAACACAAAAAAUUAAGCAGAAAGGAAACAGGAGUGCCAUAAAUUAAGCCACGUAACAAAUUUUCUGAACACAAAACUUAGCAAAUGUAAGAAAAAAAUCUACUCGAGAACAAAAAAAAAUUUUUUUCGCAUAGAAUAUAAUUGUUUAGCAUUAAAAAAAAAUAUUAAAUGAAAAUUCAGUAAAAAAUAAUAUCUACCUCUAACUAAACAUUGAAGAAAAAAAUAGUCCAUCAAGAUGAAUAUAUUUAUAGAUAGUUGAAUAAAUGCAGAAGAGAGAAAGAGUUUGAAGUCAAAAAAAAAAAAAAAAUAUUUUUUUUUAAUAAAAACCGGACUGCCAGAGAGACCUCUCAAAUUUUGCACGCUUUACUACUUCCACUGCAAAUGAAAAAAAAUAUUAAAUUAGCUGAGAUUUUAACUAAAAUUACUUAGGAACUCAGAUCUCACGAAAAAUGUGUGAUUUUAGCAGUCGAGCAA